UUUUUGUUCCAGGCCAACUGCAGCUGCACCGUUGCACACGUUCCACCGGUGAGAACCGAGAAGACGGGCGUUUGUUGGAUGGUAGAAUUUUUCCUGUUCGCCUUUAUUGUGCUGGAAGUGCAAGUGGGAAGAUUUUUUUCUAAUUAUCUCGAAGCUCACCCUCACCUGACAGCAAAUCGCUGGCUAUUCUUGGAUUCUCAACACCCUUGAAGCGGACAAACGACCCUGGUUUUAUUGCAGAAGUUAACAAGAUAAAAAAAAGCAUCGUAAAGCAAAAUAACAAAAUCUAAUAUAGGACAGUCAGGGAAAGACGAGAAUCUCAAAGGGCUAAGAGCAAUGUUUACGACUUUGCUUUUGCUUCUGAUGGUUGGAAUUAUCAACUGCCAAGAACCAAGACGAGAUGCCAAUUAUCCUCCUCCAGAGCUUUUGGAGAAAAUGAAACCAAUGCACGAUGCUUGCGUUGCUGAAACUGGGGCAUCUGAAGACGCCAUAAAACGUUUUAGUGACCAGGAAAUACACGAGGACGAUAACCUGAAAUGCUACAUGAACUGUCUCUUCCACAAGGCAGGAGUCGUCAAUGACAACGGAGAGUUCCACUAUGUGAAGAUUCAAGACUUUCUACCAGAGUCAAUGCAUCUGAUCACGCUCAACUGGUUCAAAAGAUGUCUCUAUCCUCAAGGAGACAAUUUGUGUGAGAAAGCCUUUUGGCUUAAUAAGUGCUGGAAAGAGCGAGACCCAGUGCACUACUUUUUACCAUAAUGGUGGAAGUGUUUUGAAUCAAGUGACAUUUUCUACAAUUAAUUCCAUACAGAAAAAUCAAACAACACUGUGAAAAAAGUGACCCGAAAAAUGUGUUUAAUUCGAUAUUGAGUCUUAUCAAUAAAAAAUCCUUGGAAAUUUGACCACCUUGGGUUGGUAAACUUCCCCGAUGAUUAUAUUUUAGCUUGGCGCAAUCGUAUAUUGAAAAUAAAAGCUCUAAAUAAUUUUAA